CCCGGACGCCUGAGCAGUCUAGUCGGUGGGCGGGGCUUCGUGUCAGAGUCGGGCUCCUGCUGCCCCCUAAGCACAGCCCGCUGUGCAGGCUUUCGGACAACAUGGCGCUCAAAAGGAUCCAGAAGGAGCUGAUGGAUUUGCAGAGAGACCCCCCAGCUCAGUGUUCUGCCGGUCCCGUGGGAGAUGAUUUGUUUCACUGGCAGGCUACCAUCAUGGGUCCUAAUGACAGCCCUUUCCAAGGUGGUGUUUUCUUCCUCACCAUUCACUUUCCCACAGAUUAUCCUUUCAAACCCCCCAAGGUGGCAUUCACUACGAAAAUCUACCACCCCAACAUCAACAGCAACGGUAGCAUCUGCUUGGACAUCCUGCGGAGCCAGUGGUCACCGGCACUGACGGUUUCCAAAGUUCUGCUUUCAAUCUGCUCUCUUCUCUGUGACCCGAAUCCAGACGACCCUCUGGUACCAGAGAUCGCCCACACAUAUAAAGCCGACCGGGAGAAGUAUAACAGACUAGCACGGGAAUGGACACAGAAAUAUGCCAUGUAAUCCUCUCGAAAUAGCACAGCCAGACUGUCAGAAUGGAGCGGACGGUACCCCUCCUCCAGGGGCCGGUCCCUCCUAUCUCUCUUGUUUAUCUUUUUGUGCCAACAUGUCCGCAAGGUUUUUAUACAACACCAACCAACCAAAAAUAGCCCAGAAUCUUUGGAUGCCACCCCUCCGUAAGCAUAACGCCUCUUGCCUGGCUGAAGACCUCGCUCUUGUCCCCUACUUUGAAACCUGCUGCUCCGAUGAGUCCCUACUACCCAGUGUGAAUCCUGUGCCCAGGGGCCCCUUUCUGGCUUUGCACUGAAGAAUCCAGACCAUCUGCUUCUGCUUUCUGGAAGCUCGUAUUACUGUCCCCUCUCCUUUAAAUAACUCAGGACAUGGGUGAUGGUUUGGGAGGUCACAAGAGCCUGUCUCACGGCCCAACAUUAGAGUGACACGUGUCAUAGCUGCUGUUGGAAAGAGCGAAGUCUGCAACUCACUUAAAGAGAGAGGAGGACCAAGCCGUUGUUGUUAGGCCACUGAAGUCUAUUUUUAAUAGUUUUUGGUCUGCCUCCGUUAUUCACAUGACUCUCCCUCUCCGUUCACCCAGAAAUAUGAAUACUGUUGGAGCAGCAGAGGAUCACGAUGGCGUACAACAUAAUUCACAAACAGAGGGGCUUCUGUUUGGAAUGUCUGCGAACCCUGAUUGAUAACACGUUUGUGACGUUAGUUUUGGUCACAUAGGAAGGGAGAUGCUGUUUCCACAAGUGGUUCAUGAGUGACGUAGUAAAGCUGUGACGGUCAUUUUUACCAGUUAUCUGCACUCACUAGUUGUGCACUAUAUAAACAUGGCGGUGUUUUGUACCAUCUAGCACCCCCUCUAAUUCUGCACCGUAUGGUUGUGUUUUAUUGUGUAGUUCUCACUCGCUGUGCGCCUAACUCUGUAGCUAUGUGUUUUCGGGCACUUGUCAGAUACCAAGGUGUCCGGCCAGCACGUAAUGCUUAUGUACCUUAAUCGCAGUCACCCUUCACCCCAAGUUAGUUCUGUCCACCAUGGAGCCCGGCCACGCUGGCUAAUCGGCAUUGCAGCGGGCAGAGUGGGAAUAUAAAUAUAUAUGCGUGAGUCGGCACUGUGACUUUCCUUGUCCCAACCUACCUCACGCUCUGAAUUAUGGGACAAGGCACCCAGACCUCCUUUAAGGAAUGGCGGGAGGCCUCGGUGAUGCUGUGAAUAUGAGGGUGACGUUCUCUCUACUCCUACAACAUAGCAGUAACCAACAUUUGGCUAAUCCAUUGCCUAACGAUGCUUGGUAUAACUACACUCCAUAUCUAUCUCUACUUUAAAGACCUGCUGCAAGACGAACCAUGUCGAUGAAUGUGCUGCAGUGUACAAUGAUGCGGAGUAUGUAUACCCCGAUAAUAAUGCUGUUUAAUGGGAGAUGUCAGGAAUAGGGAAAUGUGUGAACUCAAAGGCUGUCUGGGAGGUGUUUGUUUCAAUAGGUUGGUACAUUCAUACUCUACAUCACUAUACAUAACGGCAAAUGUGUAGCUUGUGUGUAGUUUUAAUGUAACCCAUCUCAGCAUUCUUUUGCUUGAGUGUAACAAUGCUCAAACGCUGGAUGCGUUGGCCAAGUCUCCCAAGCGCAGUUGUCGUUUUGCUUGAUGACAUCUAGGUUAUUGACGAGCAAACAUUUCAUUUACUCGCGUUUAAGGGUCUCUUCAGUCAGAGCGGCGGUUAGUCCGUUGGUGUCGCAUACUACUGUUGAUGGAGGGAAUUGUAGCAUGGAAUGGGCAAGUUGCUUGUCGAUAGUCACAGGAGUUGGGUGGCCUUGUGAUGAUUUUGUGCCGCUGAGUCGGGUGAAUGCAGCUGUCGGAGGAGCCAUUUAAAUCCAUGCAACCUAUGCAUUCUUUAAGGUAUAGGCCAGUAUGGGACGUACUUUCUCCCAGGAUUAUAUUCAUAUAGAACGCAUACAUGGCUACUUCUAAAUUACUGAACCAGUGAAUGAAUUCCGCGAAAUCUGGUGCAGGGGGGACUGUUUCAAAUGGCCAAUCUGCCAAACAAUUGCGUGACAUAUACUAUACGUUGGGCUCUUGGUGAGUGUUUCUUUACGUUGGGUGAAUCCGUGUACUAAACACAACCAUUCACAAUUACAUUGCAUGUCUGUGGCUUUACGUACGAUUUCUAGUCGUUUAUUAGUGCUUAGUAUGUUGCAUUUGUCCAUUUUGUUCGGGUAAAGACGACUUAACCUUAUCUUUCCGAAUACCAUGUGUGGAAUUAUAAUCUUUAACCCCUCAAGGGCUUGGAUGGAUUUUUCAGUGCAAUGAUAUUUGUAAAUUAAAUUGGAUUCUGUACAGUAACAUUUUUUCACGCCCCCCCCUCCCCAUCCUGAUCCCUUCAUUGCUUCUCAGGGAACAUUCUAUUUAUUUUCCCAAAUAAGAGCCAGAUGGUAGAUCCUACAUUUUAUUCUGAAGCGGAAGAUAAAAAAAAAAAAAAAAACGCCAUUAUUUUUCUUUUUCUAGUAUUUUAAGUGCCAGAAAUAAGAAGCCACGGAAUUGUAUAGUUUUUACAAAGUGGGUAGCGAUGUCAGUAUUAACAAAAAAUAAAUAAAAAUGUGUGAUUAACCUGC